UCGUUUUCUUUUUCAAUAGAUUUUAUAUUAAAAAAUAUUUGGAAUUGCGCAAAGGAUUCUCAACACACCAUAGUAUUAAUAUGCUUCCAUAAAGGGAGGGUUACAAAAUUAAACUCAAAUGUCAUUAUGGCUUCGAUUUCUAUUUUCUACAGUUCUUCUCCUCCCCUUUUCAUCUGGGCAUCUCGUUGACCGACCAUCCUUUUUAAUGUUGUUCUAUCCAAAAUUUCAAAAUACUAAGGUCACUGGUGCAGUCCUUCCACCAGGGUUCAGAUGCGAGUGGAUGGGACAGUGUUGGGCUAAGGCUCUGGGUUUACUGAAGUCGUGCAAACGAAAUGCUAAUCAUGAUGCCAAGACACAACUUGCGGGUGGAAACAAUGUCCAUCUUAUAACUACAAUGGAGAAGUGGGAAAAAGAGACAUCAGAAGCCAAAAAGGAAGGCAAAAUUGUGGUGGUGAACUUCAGUGCAUCUUGGUGUGGUCCUUGUAGAACUAUAGCACCGGCUUUCUCUGAACUUGCUGAUAAAUAUACAUCUGUUGUGUUUAUAACAAUCGAUGUGGAUGAGUUAGCUGAAUUGAGUGCUGCAUGGAACGUCAAAGCAACUCCAAUGUUCUUUUUCCUGAAAGACGGGCGACAACUGGACAAACUCGUGGGCGCUAACAAGCCGGAUCUUCAAAAGAAAGUUGCAGCCAUUUGUGGUUCCAACCCAAACUCACCAAAUUGAGUUUUGUUUUUGUUUGAUAUAUACAGGCUAGCUAGAUCAUGCAAGAACUGAACCAAUGCUUGUUGUAUUAAUUGUGGUUGUGUUUAACCAUGUUAGAAUUUGUAGUCUCCUGUUUACAUUGAUAACAAUUUAGCAUAUAGUAUUCAUUUUGGUUGUAAGAUUUGGAUGGUAGUUCUUCUGAUCUUACAACAUAAAACAAGUGCUCAAGAAAGCAUUUUGUUUGUAAAUAUACAAAAUGAGAUAUUUACUUUACAUUGUACUGAUCAAUGUCAUCCUCAUCAGUGUAUAUUUUUCAAAUAGAACAUUCUUAUUGGUUUUC